AAAGGGAUGUUUGAAGCAUUAAAAGGAGUGGAGACUACCCUAUAUAUAACACUUGAACCAUGUCCAAUGUGUGCUGGAGCAAUACUUCAAGCUAGAAUUGACGCUGUUGUUUGGGGAGCUCCCAAUAAACUCCUAGGAGCUGAUGGAGUUGGAUUCGGUAUGUAA